AUGGGUGUCCUGAGGCUGAAGAUGGUCACCGCUUUCGGGAUCGUGUACGGUGUCGGCUGGUUCUUGGUCGAUGUGGUGUGUUUGCUCGCGUAUCCCUACUGCGACCACCCGACGAAGUGCUUCGACUACGAGAAGGAGCUGGCCGCCAGCGUGGACCCCACUGUGGACCCAUGCGACAACCUCUACGAGCACGUCUGCGGCAACUGGGACAGGCUCUACCCGACUCGCGGGAAACAAAGAGGUGGUCAAUUUGGUGUGCUCCAAAGCCGGGUAUACGUGUUCGCGCUGAACGAGCUCGAGCAGACGCCUCCCGAGCACCCAGUGAAGGCGGUUCGCCGAAGCGUUUCCGCCUACCAGAGUUGUCUCAACGUUUUUGCAGAGAAAACAGACCACACCAAUGUAGUGUUCGACAUCUUCAGGAAGUUCAACUUCGAGUGGCCUUCUCUGGCGCUUUCCAAAAAAUUUGACCUAAUGGAGUACCUGCUGGGCAUGCCGCUAGAAUACAACUUGGCCACGCCCGCUCAGCUAGCCCUCGCGCCGCACCUAAAGACCAACAAGAGGUACAGCCUUUAUUUCCGUAUUAAUGAGGAAUUCGAAGGCACGAGGGACAUGGAAACCAUAGCCAAAUGCAUCACAGCGGUGGCGCCGUCGGUAAAAGGCUAUUCGGCCAUGGCACUCGCUGGGCGAAUCCUCACCUUUCUCGUCCACCUGAAAACGACCGCAUUUGCACUGUCGGGGGAGUACCUCUACUACACCAUCGAGCAACUGGCCAAUGAAACCGGCGGGCCCAGCAUGAUAGAUACCUGGCUAAAGGUCAUUAACAACCACCUGCCCCAUGACCGGGCUGUCGGCAAGACGGAAGACGUGCUAACACGCACAGACAGCGCCUUGCUUCUCAAAGAGAUUCUGGCCAAUGCCAAGCGGUCCCGGUAUGCGGACAUCGUACUGUACGCUGGCUGGCAGAUUGUCGUUGGCCUGCGUGCAGCGGCGUCGCCUUCGCUCGUGGAAUGUGUGGCAGGCAACGAUUUGCACGCCCAGCUGGACUCUGGCCUAGAGUGCCUGAAAUCUGUGAAUGAGGUUGCCCAGUUCGCCUUUGUCCGGUGGAUCGUCGACAGCCUGGAGCUGCAGCCAAACGCCAAUGCCACAAAGGACACGUGGAGCGCACUGAAGUUGGGCACCAGAGAGAACUUCGCGAAGCUCCCAUGGAUGGACCAAUCAACAGUCAAAAUCGCCGGCGAGCAUGUUGACAGCAUACUCGGUAUCUUCGCCUUGCCGGAACACCUACAAACUAACGAAGCGCUCGAGGCCUCCUACGGCUACCUACCGGAACCGGACGAGUCGCAGCCGUUUAUUAGGUGGCUGAUCAAAACGCAGCAUCAGCGUCUUGAAGAGCAGAAGCGCCUACUUAAGGAAGACCCCACGGUGAGCAUUCACCGCGAUGACUUUCCGUACGACGCAUUCAAAGUGAACGCGUUCUACUACCACCUCUACCACCUCGUGGCUGCUCUGCCGGCGAUCAUGGCGCCGCCGUUAGUUUCUCAAUCGGUGCCAGCGGCGGUCAACUACGGUGCCAUCGGAACGAUCUUAGGACAUGAAUUGUCGCACGCCUUCGACCUUUCAUUAAUCCCGUAUGGCAGUACCGGCGAAAACACACCGGAGUGGUCGUUGGUGGCAGUGUUCAGCUUCUUGAAUAGGCUAGGCUGCGUCGUACGCCAGCUCGAGAAUUACACUGCGGACAUAGCGCACAGCUUCAACGCUGCCUCGGAAACGUUCGCCGACACGGCCGGAACUGAGAAGGCUCGGCUGGCGUUCGCUUCUCUACCGGCGAAGAAGGGCAUUCUUGGAUACACACAGGAACAGUCGUUCUUUAUCGCCGGCUGUUUCCAGUUUUGCUCGGAAGGAGCGUACGCUUGGGACCAGUACGGAAAGUACCCGGCCAAGGUGUUGCGGUGCAACCUGCCAGCGGGAAACGAGAAGCGGUUCGCAGCCGCGUUCAGCUGUCCCAGUGAAGUGGCGCUGAACCCUAAAAACCGGUGCACGUUCCACUCAAUAGAACGGUACAAACUGCCUAGCAACAUGAAUUUGGGGGCAACGGAAAGUAUACCUAACUAUCAGUAA